AAGCGAGACGAUUCUCUUCUCAAAAAGUCAACCGUGCACGGAUCAGCUUAAUUUCACGCGACAAUUAAUUAAUAAUUAAAUAAUACAGCAAUUUCCUCAACAUUGAUCCCCCUUUGUGGGUUGACUAGUCAGCAAAAUACUUGGGUGACGACGUGACGGUGGUUCAUAUUCUGAACGAGGAUAAGUCUAAAUAACAGACGAAAAACGAUUGUACGGAAAUAUUAUACACAGGAUGCAAGAAGAACCAGUCGUUUCGCCACUUGGCCGUGGUUCUGGUUUCAUGCGACUUGGAAUUGCAAGAGGAUUUUGGAAUGGGGCUGUCACCUCUUUUUUAAACAAUGAGACUGGUAGCGUGUUUGGGGGAGGAUGUAAAGAAGACAAUGAAGUCCAAGAAGGCCAAUUUGACAAUGACUUGGACGAAGAAAACGAGCUGUGUGCAGAUCAAGAAAACAUUAGGAAAGAUAAGAAGAAUGGCUAUGAUGUACCUGAUUUUUGUGAUAAAUCAGAGCCAGAACAAGAGAUCAAUUUUCGCAAGUCAGUUAAAACUGGAUAUGAUCCCAAAGCAUCACAGGAGAAACGUCGCGAGAAUCUACUUAACGUGCAAAAGCAGAGACGGGAUGCAAUUCUUGAUAAGAUUAGACAAUUGGAGACAUCGAGUGACAGCGAGUUUGAAGAGGACGAGGAUUUCGUAAGUCUAGUCAAGGAAAACAAAUUGCAAAAGAUUUCUGAAGAAACCAACGAGAACGAGGGGAUGGACACAACAGGUGCUCCACGAGAGAAUAGACCAGCCAGGCGGCGCUACAAAAAGCCAAAUAAGAAGCGCAAUUCUCCUUGUCGUGUAAUGUUGUCUGAAUGGUUAGUUGAUAAGCCCACUGAUUUUUAUGAAAAUUGGAUGGGAGUAUUUUGUCCAGUUGGAAAGCGCUGUCUCGUCGUUGCUAGUCGAGGGAAGACUUGCGUCUUUUCUCGUACACAUGAAUACAUGGGAGUGUUUCAAUCGCACUUACCUGGAGGGAGCAAACUAAAUAGCAAGGAUCCCGAAAUUAAGAAAAAGAAAGGUGUUACUAUUCUUGAUUGUAUUUGGUCAAUGGAAGCCGAAGUCUUCUAUGUUCUGGACAUGGUUUGUUGGGCUUCACAAUCGUACAAUAACUGUGAUAAAGCAUAUCGCCAAUUUUUUCAAACAUCGAAACUCUCUGAAACUCCUGGAUUGCUUGAAUCAUCAUUUUCAAAUCCUUACCCGUUUUUGCCGUUACCUUCUUUUGACUGCGGUGACAUUGCAGAAGUUAUGAUGUCAUCUUUGCCAAGUUUCAGCCAAAAGGUUGACGGUGUCCUUCUCUUUCAUAAAGAGUCAUUCUACAUGAAUGGUGUGAAUCCUUUGUGCCUUUGGAUAUAUUUGACUGAGAUGGAAGAGAAGAUUCAAGUGUCUGUGGCUCCUGAAUUGGCAGAGUUGCAAAGGACGAAACGUCCUCGAGAAGAAGAAAGCAACGUUGAGAAAACAAAACCUAUGGAAGUUCAAACUUAGUUAGCGAUUGAAGAAGAAGGAUAGAUCUUGUAAGAAGAAGAGGGUGACUACAGAAUUUUUCUAGCAUAUUUCUUUUAGUUUUAUUUAUUUUUGGUACUUGACACUUGUUUGAAUUUAUUUAAUUGAAUUGCGGUUGUUGUUAUACUCUGACUAUGCAAUAGUUACUUAUGUACUAAUAAAAACACUCAUGUAAGUGCAAUUAAUAAUCCACUCUG